GACCGUUCCUCCGUUCCUCCACAUCCAGGCGAGGUGAGAGCGGUGCACAGCGCCAGACGGACCAGAGCGGGUUAGUGUGAAUACGCAGCGGAGCGCACGGCUGAGGACUCUGUACAGCGCAACUCCAACACAAAUGGAUAUUUACGUGGCUUUGUUAUCCCUCUUCUUUUUUACCAAACCAGCUUUGGCUUUCGGAUCAGAUCAAGACUACCAGAUUGAUAUCAUCAAUGAACUUGACCUGGCAAAUGCCACCUAUGGAAUUACCCAAGUGGCGGGGCUUCACAACAGCAGCAAAGCCUUCCUUUUUCGAGAUGUUGGGAGAGCAGUUCACGCCCCGGCACACAUCACAGAGAAAGUGGUGCAGCUGUUCAGGAGGAAAAGUGAGUUUACCUUCUUGGCCUCCAUCCAGCAGAAGUCCUCCACGUCUGGAGUCAUAUUCUCCAUCCACGAGUCAGAACACAGUUACUUUGAGCUGGAGAGCAGCGGGGUGAGAGAGGAGAUCCGCUACCACUACCGCUUCAAAGGCAAGCCACGCUCUGAGUCCUUCCCCUACCGCCUCGCUGACGGCCAGUGGCACAAGAUCGCCCUCACCAUCAGCGCCACCCACCUACUGCUGCACGUCGACUGUAACAGGAUUUAUGAGCGGGUGAUAGACCCUCCUCAGAUGGAGCUCACCCCAGGCAGUGGAGUGUGGCUAGGCCAGCACAGCCACAAGCAUGGACUGUUCAAGGGCAUUAUCCAGGACGUGAAGUUGAUUUUCGCUCCCAACGGCUACAUUACACAGUGUCCUAACCUUAACCGCACCUGUCCGACCUGCAGCGAUUUCCUGAGCCUGGUGCAAGGCAUCAUGGACCUUCAGGAGCUACUGGCCAAGAUGACCCUGAAGUUGAACUACGCAGAGUCCAGGCUGACCCAGUUGGAGGGCUGUCACUGCGAGAGGACCUGCAGUGCCAACGGCCUGGUCUACCGUGAUAAGGAGCUGUGGGUGGAGCCGGAGAACUGCAGGAACUGUGCAUGUAAGAAUGGUGUGGUGGAGUGUCGCAGGAUUUUCUGUCCUCCAGCAAACUGCUCAGAGGACUUGCUGCCUGUACAUGUUGAUGGGACUUGCUGCAAGAAAUGCAGACCGAAAUGCACCUACAUGGGGCAAACCUUUUCUGAAGGCCAGCGCUUUUUAUCCAGGAGCUGCAGGGAAUGCAAGAACGGCCUGAUGGUGAAAGUCACAGAAACUUGUCCGGAGCUCAACUGCACCGUCGGUGAACAGAUCUUACCAGAUGGCAGAUGCUGCAAUGUUUGCAGAGGUUAUGACUUCUGCGCAGAGGGACUCAUUUGUGGAGAAAACUCGGAGUGUAAAAACCGGAAUACUAAAGCAGAGUGUGAAUGCAAGAGCGGCUAUGCCUCCAUCCACGGGGAUUCGACUUACUGUGAAGGUACAAAAGGACUGUAACACGGAGACAUUGUUGGCUUGCUGUAGCAGCAUGUUGGCUUUUUGCAAUACCACUGAGCUUUGCUCCAACGCUUGGAUGGUACAACCAUGAAACCUGGUCUAAGUCAGUUAACUCUACUAUUGUUUGCAGGUUUACAGAUGUGAUCCCCAUGUCAUACCUGGUUUACUUUAGAUUCUUUGUUUGCGCCCUGAUACCUCUGUUGGUGAUGACUGUAUUGUACGGCCACAUUUUCUGGACAAUCCGAGGAAACCUUCGAGAGAAACCAGGCAACGGUGCCCAAGAACAGUCUCAGAUCUACCUAAAGAAAGAGAAACAGCUGGCAGGAUCUCUGUUUCUGGUCUUGGCUCUGUUUGCCCUGUCCUGGCUCCCACUCCACAUUAUGAACUGCAUAUUUUACUUUGGUGGGCCAGAUUAUCUACCAGUAAAAGCUUUCCAUGUUGGCAUCCUGUUUUCUCAUGCUAACUCAGCUGUAAACCCACUUGUGUAUGCGUUCAAAAUAGAAAAGAUCAAGACAGCCUACCUGAAGCUGUGGAGUCGAUUUGCUGCAUGUGGAGAAGAAAUUCAAGUAUCUCAGACAACCCAGUCGAUUGACAACAAUCUCGAUAGGGUGGCCAACAAUGAGUGAAAGAAGAUUUUUGUUUGUUUGUUUGCUUCUUUGUUCUUAAAGUUCAGGUUGUGGCUGCUGAGCAUAAUUAAACAUUGUAAAACAUAUUAUAUUAGAUGUGGGUGAAGAUGUGGGUGAUUGUUGCAAAUAACUGUCACUGUCGAGGAAAAGGCAACUUUCACUCUCCUACAAGCUUUAGUUUCAUAUCACUGUUGUGCUUCUGGUUGUAUUGAAGUUCCAGUUCUUUAUGUCAAUUUCACAGGAAGCACACACUGUGUUGGAA